AUGUGCAAGAUAGAGGACUUUAUCCGUGAACUUCUCGAGAAGAAGCCUUUUGAAAUAAUGCACGCCAACCCAUUCACCAAGUUAUUUGACAAAAACAUAGAACUAGCUGUUGAUGAAUGCAUUGAUCAAUUAGUAGUUAAUGCUAGUAAAGAUGGCUACAUUAAUCUCAACGAAGACGAUGAGGUUGACAAAAACGGCACCGAAAAAACCACGGAAAGCAUAAAAGUCAUUGUCUAA